CAGCUCACCAACUCACCAACUCACCAACUCACCAACUCACCAACUCAUAGCUACCAAUUGUCUACUGACAAAACAUCUCGGCAGCAUCAAACCAACACCCCGACGUUCUACAAGGAGGAGCGACACAACGACCCUAACGAAACGAUAUACGUACGAUACACGGCAUACGAUUCACGAUAAACAAGUUACGAACAACGAACAUUACGAUAUAUGAUACAACAGCAAGCAAUGACGACCACGACACAUAGCGCUGCUACUGCACAGCCUCACAGGACCAGGACCAACACCUGCAAAACGGACCACAGAAGGACCAGCAGGAAACCGUGGGCCACCUGGCUGGGCCUGUCGACAGCAGUGAUUUUAAUGACUCUCCCAACCCUUACCACCGCAGCACCCACCCCCAACCUCAAUUUCAACCCAGCUGCUGCUGCUUCUUCCAUUACCUCUAUUGAAGCACCUCUCCAGAAGCGUGCCAUUGUCUACGUGGUCGAAUCCGAGCCCGCGAUCGAACUGACGUUCGAGGCCAACGACUCUUAUUACCUCGAGAGCCUGAAGCUGGACGAAUGCACGAGCACGCUCUCGUUGCCGCUCACGCCCGGGACCGCCGGCCGGAACUACUCUGCGAUCACGGCGCCCGACCCGGAAAUGGCCCUUAACUUCUAUACGGACGAGAACUGUCAAGAAUACGAUUUCUCGGUCGUGUCCGAGGUCCACGAGUUCGCGGGCUACUUUGCGAGUGUGAAGUAUGUGGGCCAGUACUCGGAUGUGAAGCCGGGCGUUUAUGAUAAGCAGGAGAUUUCGAGGACAGCCGUCCCGGACGGUGAACCUCAGGAUCCCUUGCCUGCGCCUGGUUCUUCUUCUCCGACGACAACGACGACGACGACGAAUGCGCCGGCUGGUUCGACGGAUUCGGCAACAUCACAGAGUGCCUAUUCGUCCGCGGGAUUCGCGGUCGGGAUGGGAAUUGUCGGCUUUGUGGCGAUGGCCGGUAUCGUUGGACUGGGCGUGUUCCUGUACCGCAACCAUGGUGGGGACAAGAAGAAGCGCACGGGCGAAGGAGGACGGUUUAUGUCGCUGUCGAGUGGAAGGGAUGAUUAUGAUGAUGAAGUCGGACUGACGGGCGAGAAUGGGCCCCAUUCGAGCGCGUUGAUGCAGUCCCGAGUCGGCAUUUCCUUUGAUGAUGAACGGUAUCCUACGGGAUAUCAUGAUGAGAACGCGAGCGACGAUGAGGAAAAGCCCGAGUUGGGAGGUUAUCCACAGAACCCUAGCGGACCGAAACAGUACCGUCCAGAGGCAGGAACUCUCCCACAAAACGCUCGUAAUCCAUAAAAAAAAAAAAAAAAGAAGAAA